AUGGGUAAAAGAGUAUAUUUGGAUAACACCAUCGAGUUUUUGAAAGGUAGGGUUUACCUAGGGGCCUAUGACUACUCGCCGCAGGAUUCUGAGGAUGUCGUCUUCUUCACAGUUGAAGAUACGUUAUUCUACAAUCGGUUCCACCUCGAUUUUGGACCUAUGCAUAUCGGGCAUUUGUACCGCUUUGCCGUUAUAUUCCACGAGAUCUUGAACGAUCCGGAAAACCAUGGAAAGGCGGUAGUAUUCUAUUCGUCGACUUCCACAAGACAACGGGCAAAUUCAGCAUGUAUGUUAUGUUGUUAUAUGGUGUUGGUGCAGGGGUGGACACCACAUCAGGUGUUGCAGCCUUUGGCGCAGGUGGAUCCGCCAUUCAUGCCGUUUAGGGAUGCUGGUUACUCUAAUGCAGAUUUUGAAAUUUCUAUACAGGAUGUUGUCUAUGGUAUCUGGAGGGCUAAGGAAACAGGAUUGGUUGACUUGAAUGCAUUCAAAUUGGAAGUUUACGAGAAGUACGAGCGUGUGGAGAAUGGUGACUUUAACGUGUUGACCCCAGACUUUAUUGCGUUUGCAUCGCCUGAAGAAGAUAUGAGGAGGCCUUAUGUUCCUGGUCGGACUCGUUUGAACCAGCCAUUUCGAAGAGUACUUGAAUUUUUCAAGGAAAACAACGUACAGUUGGUUGUGCGGCUCAAUUCUCAUUUAUAUCGCGCGAAACACUUUGAGGACAUUGGUAUCAAGCAUCUUGACAUGAUUUUUGAGGACGGAACGUGUCCAGAUCUUUCCAUUGUUAAGAACUUUGUUGGGUCAGCUGAGACUAUUGUUAAUCAAGGUGGUCGCAUAGCAGUUCAUUGCAAGGCAGGUUUGGGAAGGACAGGGUGUUUGAUUGGUGCUCAUCUCAUCUACACCUAUGGAUUUACGGCAAACGAGUGCAUAGGUUUCCUAAGAUUCAUCCGACCUGGUAUGGUUGUGGGGCCACAGCAACACUGGAUAUAUUUGAACCAAAAUACCUUCCGAGAGUGGAAAUAUACCAUGAAACUAAGCAUGGAACCAAGUGAUCUUAUCUGCGGGUUGUAUCCAUUAAUCACUCUUGAGGAAUAUAAAUAUCAGAAGAAAAAGCUAAGACGGGCUAAAAUGGAUCAUGAAGAUGAUUAUACUGUUGACGAGAACACGGUGACACCACCUAAUAAAACUUUGGCAAGCCGUAACGAUGAGUUUUCUCAUAAUGUUGCAGUCCCACAGGACUCACCAGGUCAGCCUAGGAAGGGCCAUGAUGGUACUAAUACUAUUGAAAACAUCUACCAUAAGACUGCUAGUUCAUCGCUGAACUCUAAAACAAACAGAAAAAUUGCAGAAAAUUCUGUAAGAGCUCACAACAACAACAAUAGCGACAAUGAUGAUUCGAUGCUUAUUGAUUCAAGUAAUGCUACCAGUAAAUCACCACUAUCAUCCAUGACUAAAAAACAAACUACAAACACCUCUAUGGACGAUGAAUUUGCCUUAAGACAAAUACUGCCUAAGAAUAGACGUUUAGCAUCAUCUGGUUUGGGUUCUAGCGACAAAAGAUUUGCUAGUGGUGCUGGCGUUAGAAAAGUUUCAGGAACCGCCAAGCGUUGA